ACUCGCGAAUCUAUAGCUUGCGUUUUAGUCUCACUUUUGAACGCAGAAACUUCGGUACUGUGUGCACGGUGGUUGACUGUCAUUAGAUCUUUGUUGACCAGACUCCCACCAUUUAGGCGGACGAACUUCCAACGGAGCUGGAACAGUUUGCAUAAAUGAUGAUGUGAACUGAGACGAAGCUGCUAGUGACUGCAUGCUUGGUCAAUGACGCGGAGGGUGCCAUAGUGUCUGGACACUUGGUGACUGGCUCGUCGCGGUGGCGGAACAAUUGCUUACCUGCGCAUACCUUUUGCUAUUAAUGCUUUGAACGCGUGCACAUAGUACACCUGGAUGCGCAGUUUGUCGUUUCUUUCUAGUGCUUUCCCUGUUCCCUCUGCAAGGACGUUGACCGAGCUGUAGAAAGACAUCCCCACUGGCCAGCAUGAGGACGAAAACGCGUGCACUGGCCUUCGUUGUGUGCAUGGCAGCAACUCGACUCGGAAACGUGACUGCCGACGAACCGGCAAAUCAGGAGCAGCACUGCUGCGUCCCCCACGAUGCUUCUGGGGAAAAAGAACUCGCAAAGGCUAUACGGACUGCAGUCGCUAUGGGAAGUCAUCAGUUGAAUGCGGAAGCAGCCUUGGCUCGCGAGCUGGCGAAUGAAGCCGAUGCGAAACUGUAUAAAGAUGAAGAUAAGAAGUUAGUAGCAGCGGAAAAGAAAGCGGCACUCGCUAAUGAAGCUGAAGAAGAUGCAAGGCAUGAGUUGAGAGAAGAGGAAGAGAAGGAUAAGCACGAGGAGGCAGAGAUGUCAGCUGUGAGCCAGGAAAGAGUGGCCGCUGCAAAGAAUCUCCUCCAGCACGAAGGGGUCAACCUAGAAAAGCUUGUUGCGGAGGAGGAAGAGCUUGGUAGAAAAAUCGAAGAAGCCAAGUAUGAAGGUGAAAGUGGAUCCACGGAGGCCGAGCGAGAGUUGAACGAUACUCAGAGCUUUUUCCUGGCUCUUCGAAAGAUCAAGGGUCCUCACCACAUGGGCAUGCUAGUUGCCUGACAAAUGAGACGGUGGCACACUACAGAAUCCCUAGACGAACCGUGCGUGAAACCCGCGGGAAGACGCGGAGCCUCUGGCUCUUAGUUAUUCGUGCAGAGCCCGUAAUGCAGAUGUUAUUGCGUGGGACCGAAGCGCAUCAGGUUCAUAUAUGUAAAACUUCUCAACCGUGUCGCUAAUUGUCGCUCGGACCCCUGGAAGAGGCCAGCCCACAGAUACAAUUUUCUUGAGUCGAGAGUUGUUGUCAUUCGCAAGUUUUUCGAGGCUGGGGAGCAGCAUAGAAAGCGCGUCCGGAAGAAGAUACAGAAACCUGUUGAGUGAAAAGCAUCACAGAUGUGCAUUCGCAUAUGAGCGGUGAUGUUCCAGUGACCCACACAAAUCUAAAUUGUGUCUUGUUUCAACGUACAAGACGGUUGCAGCAGAAAAAUUAAGCUGGGGGUCCAAGAAGUCCGCUUUUGAAAAUGUGACGCGACGA